AUGGAAAUAUCUAAAGUGUUGAUGAAGACGAAAUAUUUUUGUGAUACAGUUCUUAGUUCAUGCGCGAUACUUACAAGUCAUAGCACGUUGUGUCGUGGGUACAAAAAAGGGGUGAACGACGAUGGUUGUAGACGAGCAUGUGUAGAUAUUCCACCGGAUCCAAAUCCCGUAUGCCCUGAGCCUUGUAACAGAUGGGGCAAAAGGAAGGAUAGUAUUUUGCAUAAAAUAAAGUUAAAAAUCAUAGAAGGCGGAACAAACUUCGGAACUCCCUUUCGUCGCCUUCAAUGUAAAGAAAAGGUGCGCAAAGAGAUGGAGAUACCUGAACCGAAGGCGUUGCCACCUCCCAGUAAAAAAGUACCUCCACUACCGCCACCUCGGCCAGGCGUCCAAGUAUCGGUACUUGGCGCAGAUACGAAUCUUGGCCAGUACAUAGCUCUUUUACUAAAACAAUGCCCUUGUAUAAAAAAAUUACGUUUAUAUCAAACAAGAGAUACACAAUGUUCAGAAUGUAAUCGAGAUCUUUGUAAAGUAGUCCAAGACAUUCAACACAUUGACACUAAUUGUAUUGUGCAAGCCUAUAGUUGUGUCUGCAAUGAGUUAGACAAAUGUCUGCAGACGCUUAAAGAGACAGGGUGGUAUAACCCCAAAAAACUGUUAGGAUCGCUCGCGGUCCCGGAGAUGCGUGCAAGUACGCUCGCCGCUCGAGCCCUUUGUCUCGAGCCCAGCUAUGUUCACGUACCGUGCGUCGGAGGCACUGAGGGACCCUCGUUAGUGCCUUUGUUCUCGAGGGCUUUGGAUUAUUUUGAUUUCAGUGAGCAAAACUCUGGAAUGAUGACGCAGGCAGUCCGCAGCGCUCCAUUGGCAGUGAGCAGAUAUGACGGCAAUUGUGCUAGAGCUGCAGAACUCAGUGAAGCACAUGCCUUAACUAGAUUAGUUACUAAAGUGGCUUGGGCGCUGCUAUGCAAAGACGUGCCGCGAGUUACAGGGUUUGUUGAAACUGACGGUGGCCAAGUAAUAUCACCCUCCAGAUUUAUCGCAAAUUCUGUGGAAAUAACUGGCACGGGGAUCGUAAGAAGCAUGGGCCUGCCCAAGAUGUCAGAUGUUGAAAUUAACCGUGUAGAUAUUGCUGUAAAUGAGCUAUACUCAAAACAUAAAAUGGUCUAUGACUGGUACUGUAAAUACUUUAGUUCCUCCGGUAAUCUAGAUGCCUAUCAGCUACAGUUUUUCAAGCCCAAGCCAUUCUUGGGAAUGAAUGUUUAUUUGAAUAAUAAGGGCAUUUGUGAUAAAGUGAAUAUCCCACGUUUAACUCAGUUCGAACUAGAAUUAAUGGAUUUCGCUCUUCUCAAUUUAAAAUGGAAUGAAGACCUCGCAAUGAAUUGGUAUCAGGAAUACAUGAGCACUCAGCCUGAACUGGGCAGGAUUGCACUAAAUUCAGACUUCCUCAACCAGAGAAACUAUAAUAAAUGUAAUGAAUGUAAAUGGCUAAGCGCAUACACA